GUGACUGAUCUCGAAUAAAAAUCAUUUGUUAUUUCAACUUCCUGGUUUGUGUAAAAAUGAAGGACCAAUUUUGUGUUAUAUUUGUGUUCAGCAUAUUAUUGGUGUCAACAAAUGAGCAAUGUCCACUUUCUGGAGGUUUAAAUGGAAAUUUAAGUAUAGUAUGUGGAAGUCAACUUGCAGCAGAAACAACAUCGAUGGAACCUACAUCAGCAUUUAACAUAACAAAUGCGAAUAUCAUCAACACAACUGCUGCUACUCUAUCAGAGGGAUGUAUAUGUGGUCACCAAAUUGAUGCAAAAUUUGAGUCACUCGUAUCCUUACGAAUUUCGUUGGCUAUAUUCGUAGUGAUUUCUACUAUUUCAACAAUAAUAAAUAUAUACUUCUUUAUCAAGAACAUACUAAGAAACAAAUCUAAGAAGAAUACCACAAAUGUUAAAACAAUUCAUCAAGGUGGGAAUGAAUUGAAUGUUGAGACCUACACAGAACUAGGAAAUGCAGUGUCAGGAGAUUCUGAAAACCAGUACGACUCUAUCUCACGAGGGGAUAACUACAUGAACACAAAUGUAUUAUAAACUGUGUGACGAUUCUUUCAGGGGGUA